UGUGUUGGUGCUGCACAGUGAGGUGCACAGUAUCGUACUGCGCAUAUUAAAGCCGUCGGAUCGUGCAUUCGACGGGUCGGGUCUCAUCUCGGUAAUCAACGAUCGAGAACCAUUUAUUGGUGCACAAUCUGACAGCUCGGAGGUGCCCAGCACGGUGCUUCUCUCACCCCUGCACAGCACCAUCCCAAUUGUUCUUCUCCACCCUAUCUCUACCUAUAUAUACCAUCUCCAUACCCACCCUGUAAAUUUCUCCGUUCUCGGAAUCUGGAACCAGAGGAGGAUCUUCAAGGGGAACCUAGGGCUUGGGGUCAUGGCUUCGAAGCGGAUCUUGAAGGAGCUCAAGGAUCUCCAGAAAGAUCCUCCUACCUCUUGCAGCGCAGGCCCAGUUGCAGAGGACAUGUUUCAUUGGCAAGCAACAAUUAUGGGUCCUGCUGACAGUCCUUAUGCGGGUGGAGUGUUUCUUGUUACCAUUCAUUUCCCCCCGGAUUAUCCAUUUAAGCCACCUAAGGUUGCAUUCAGGACCAAGGUUUUUCACCCAAACAUCAAUAGCAAUGGCAGCAUUUGUCUUGAUAUUUUGAAGGAACAGUGGAGCCCUGCCCUAACUAUUUCAAAGGUGUUGCUGUCAAUUUGUUCUCUGCUAACGGACCCAAACCCAGAUGAUCCUUUGGUGCCAGAGAUUGCUCACAUGUACAAGACCGACCGGAGCAAGUAUGAGACUACUGCCAGGAGCUGGACCCAGAAGUAUGCAAUGGGUUAGGUUGCUGUGCAGUUUGUUCACAAGAAGGCUACUUUGUUCUAUUUGUCUUAUGAUGUAUUAAUGUAGUGUGAUCUGUCUUGUUGUAAGAUGGGCCGAAAAAGGUAAGAGGGUUUAAUAGCUGACCCGUACCGAAUGACGCUUUGCUUUUUAUAUGUUUGUAUGCAAAUUUGUCGUGAACUUUUGCAAGUUAUUUUUCCCAAUUUUAUUCAGACAUCUUGAAACA